UCAACAUGCAUCUAUUACUAACACUGUUGACAAUUACUACCUCGGUACUCCACGCACUGCCAGCUGAUAAACGGGACUUGACAAACGCUGCAGUCGGGGCACUGGACAAGAGAGAAAUCUCCGCUGAUAAACGGGGCUUCUGGAGUGAUCUCAAACACGAGUUGGAGAACGUAGCUCACCAGGUCGGACACAAUGUGGAGGGGGCGGCAGUGACGGAUUUGACAAACGCUGCAGUCGGGGCUUUGCCUGGCAAGAGAGAAAUCUCCACUGAUAAACGGGGCGUCUGGAGUGAUCUCAAACACGAGGUGGAGAACGUAGCUCACCAGGUCGGACACAAUGUGGAGGGGGCGGUAGUGACGGAUUUGACAAACGCUGCAGUCGGGACAGUAGUUGGGAAGAGAUAAGGUUUCCCGGAGCUGGGAGUGGAACUGGAUAUUGUUACAGUCACAGAACACAGAGAUAUAUUUCCAAUAAACAUGUUUAUGCCACUUUUAA